AGGGACUGAAAACCAAGUGAGGAGAUGAAGGACUGCACCAUACAAUAUCAGAGAAUACAGAGAGGAUACACAACACAGAUAAAUCUUGACCAUCUCCCAAGGAACAACGACGGAAGACAUCUAGUCCCUUCACAGCAUUGCUCAACACGGAGAAGGUUGGGCAGUGAAACCAUCAUCUGGAAAUCAGUCGGGUUAGGGGACAUAUCAUCAGAUCUGAAACUGACCAGUGGUGUGCGGCCUUCCAGCAGAACCAUUCUUUCUGAAGAAUCAGCAGUAUUUGAUCAGUCAUGGUGUAGCUGGGAAGACGUGUGAGUGGGUUUCAAGUGUGGUGAGAGCUUCAGUCAUUCAUCAAAUCUCAUGAAUGAUAGUCUCAUUGUGUGAGGAAGGCUUUACAGUUUCAUACCGUCUCUAGACAAAUAUGGUGUGUCUGUGAAACACUGUUUAUACAAGGACAGCUGCAUGGAAGAGAAGCCAUUCAGGUGUGGGGUGUGCGACAAGUCAUUCUCAUGCUCAUCUCACUUCCUUGUACACCAACGCACUCACACAGGGGAGAAACCAUUUACCUGUGAUGUGUGUGAGAAAUCUUUCUCACAGUCUGUAACUCUCCAUGUUCACCAACGUGUCCACACAGGGGAGAAGCCAUUUAGAUGUGAAGUGUGUGAUAAAGCCUUCACACAGUUAUCAAGUCUCCGGGUCCACCAGACCAUCCACACUGGGAAGAAACCCUUCAAAUGUGAGGUUUGUGAUAAGGCUUUUCCGACAUCUACAAGGCUCCUGGAACAUCAGAGAAUCCAUACUGGGGCGAAACCCUUCAGGUGUCAGGUGUGUAACAAAUCAUUCUCACACUCCUCUCACUUCCGAACACAUCAACGCAUGCACACUGGGGUGAAACCAUUCAAGUGUGAAGUGUGCAAGAAAUCAUUCUCACGGUCAUCAACCCUACGUGAACAUCAACGCCUUCACACUGGGGAGAAGCCAUUCAAAUGUGAGGUGUGUAAUAAGGGAUUUGCACAAAUGCCAGGCCUGGUGAGUCACCGCCGCAUUCACAUGGGCGAGAAGAAAAUAUUCACAUGUGAGGUGUGUAAUAAGGAGUUUGAACAGUUGUGGGGCAUGUUGGCUCACCAUCGCAUUCACACAGUCGGGAAAGCCAAAUGAGGUGUGUGACUGAGCAUUCACACAGACAGUGACACUCAUCAAACAUGGACACAUCCACACUGAGUAAAGGCUUUUUCCUGGGGUGUGUGGCAAAAGCUUCACAAGGAUAAUGUCAUUCCUGAUUAGCCAGAUGGUGACACAGGGAAGAUUCUGUUGAGGUGUGUACUCAUAAAUUACCAAUGCAUUCAUACUGAGGAAAGCUGUUAAAAAUGUUUUAUGAGAGCUUUUCAGAGUUAUUGGGCCUGAUUGUAACACAGACAGAUUCACGUCGGACAGAACCUGUGAUCAUGUGACAAAUCCUUCACAAAUUGGUUGAAUUUCCCAGUCCAUCAGAAAACCCACCCAUGGAAGAGCUGUUUCAAAUGUAAGAUUUAAGGUAUAGUUCUGAAGUCUUCGAACCUUCUGGUGCAGAAAACCCUUUCAAUGUGUUAUGACAAGGCUUUCACUUGUCAGUGUGUCUCCUGGUACACCAAUCCACUGACAAAAGGACCAAACCCUUUUGGAGGGAAGUCUGUGAUAAAACCUUUACACAAUUAUCAGGUCUUUCAGAUCACACAAGCUCUUACAGUUUGACAUGUGUCAGCAUUGUUUCACCUAU